AUGAAGAAGAUUGAAGACCACAACACCCUUGUUUUUAUGGUAGACGUGAGAGCAAACAAACAUCAGAUUAGGAAUGCGGUGAAGAAACUUUACAACAUCGACGUGCAAAAGAUCAAUACGCUCAUCACGCCACAUAUGGAGAAGAAGGCUUAUAUCCGUCUUACUUCGGAUUACGACGCUCUUGACUGCGCCAACAAAAUUGGAAUCAUUUGA